AUGGGCUGCGGCGGGAGCAGGGCUGAUGCCAUCGAGCCCCGUUACUACGAGAGCUGGACCCGGGAGACAGAGUCCACCUGGCUCACUUACACCGACUCGGACGCGCAGCCCAGUGCCGCGGGCCCUGACACUGGCCCCGAGGCCGGCGGCCUGCACGCGGGUGAAAAAGCACAGAAAAGUAAAAUUUGUCAGAAAAGUAAAUUUGUCAGUGAGAAAGGUUUAUUUAGGGGCUCAAGGAUUGCACCAAUUUGUAUUUUCUCCUCAGGUGUGCUGGAAGAUGGACUGUCCUCUAAUGGUGUUCCCCGACCUACAGCCCCAGGUGGAAUAUCCAACCAAGAGAAGAAGAUGAACUGUGGGACCCAGUGCCAGAAUUCCCAGAGCCUCAGCUCAGGCCCUUUGACCCAGAAACAGAAUGGCCUUUGGACCACAGAGGCUAAAAGAGAUACCAAGAGGAUGUCUGCAAAAGAAGUCACCAUUAACGUUACAGACAGCAUCCGACAGAUGGACAGAAGUAAAAGAAUCACAAAGAACUGUGUCAAUUAG